AUGUACAACGGGGUGGGUCUCACCACCGCCCGUGGUUCGGGCACCAACGGCUAUGUCCAGACCAACAUGGCAUUUAUCCGCAAGUCGAGGCUCGAGACAAAAGUCAAGACCGACGAUGAUAUCCGAAAAAUGGAAGCGAUGCUCAAUCGAAAGCCCAAUCAAGAAAUUUUGUCACAUCAGGCGAAGAGAAAAGUCGAAGUAAAAGUGCUCGAGCUUCGUGAAGCGAUGGAAGAUGACGGCAAAUAUGACGAAGAAGAGAUUGAGGCUAAAUGCGUGACGUUCCGAGAGAUGUUGCUGAAUAAGGAAGGCUUUUUGGACACAGUGGAGGCAAAGUCGUCCCGCUCGAACGAAACGCACCAGUUGGCGGCGCAAAACGAAAUGAAGAACAAAAAAGCGUGUAGCGCGUUUGGCAUUCGAGAAGACUACAAGCCUGGUGCAGCUUUUACUGAAGGUAAAAAAGAAAGACUUACUAGUGUAGUUGGGGAAUAA